AUGAUGACUACUAUACCUGCCAUGCUAGACAUGCUGCCUGCGUUCAUGGUUCCCUUCUUUACCCUCCAAUACCCCAUCGAUACCCCAGAGGUAGACUUCUGGCCGAAUGCCUCGUAUUACGGGACAGGGCCCAAGGACAUCUACAUUGUCAUAACGUGUAUUGCCGUCAUGGCUAUUUUCAGGGACUUUUCGCGAGUGUGUGUGCUGGAGCCGUUCGCGCGGUGGAAGUUGACGAGGGAUCUGGACAGGCGGAUAGCGAAGAGGGAGGCCAAUGGGAACGGCAAUGGCAAUGGUAGUGCGUUGAAUGGGAGUGCAAUGGGCAAUGGGAAGGUGAACGGGAUGGCGAACGGCAAUGGGAACGGACACGCGAUUCAUGCCAAUGGGCACGCGUUGGCGACGCCCCAUUCCCCCAAACAAACGAAACGAAUUCAUCGAAGUGUACUCAGAUUCGCGGAGCAAGGAUACCAGUUCAUAUAUUAUACCCUCCAAUGGUGUUACGGUUUUUAUGUCCACCGCAAUCUCCCAACACGCGUCCUAGACCCCACAGAUGUCUGGCUGGGAUACCCCCACUUGCCUCUCGCAGGUCCCCUCAAAUUCUACUAUCUCACUCAGACCGCCUUCUACACGCAUCAAAUCCUGGUUCUCAACGCCGAAGCACGUAGAAAGGACCACUACCAGAUGCUCGCCCACCACAUCAUCACCGUCGCUCUCAUGGGCGCGAGCUACUUCCUCAACUUCACGCGUGUUGGGUGUCUGAUCAUGGUCAUUAUGGACUGGUGCGAUAUCUUCUUCCCACUCGCCAAAAUGACCUCCUACCUCUCGAUCUCCCAAACUCUCACCGACAUCAUCUUCGGCUUCUGGGUCCUCUCGUGGGCAGUGACACGGCACGUCCUCUUCAUCUUCGUUAUGCUCUCCACAUACAACGACCCGCCCCGCUUCAUCAAAUACGAGUGGGCUCCAGAACGCGGGUGGUUUGUUACCACGAACACCAUGAGGAUGUUUAAUGUGAUGUUGUUCGCAUUGCAGAUUCUGCAAAUCAUCUGGGGGACGAUGAUUGCUCGGAUCGCAUGGCGAGUUAUCGUAGGUACCUCCGGUGCAUCGGACGAUAGAAGCGACGACGAAGAGUAA